GUGUGUGUGUGUGUGUUUGUCUGAAUAAGUCAGUGAGUCUUUCUUCAGUGUCAUAAGAAGUCUGUUCACCAAGGAAAUCUCAUCCUUUCAUCACAGCUUCACACCUCAGAUAUCACCACUGGGCUUCAGACCAUGGGAGGCUAUUAUUAUGGGAUGUCAGUGCUAGUGGGUGUGGCCAUGCUGCUGUCGACAGACCAAUGUGAUGCGAGCUGUAAAGGAACUGACGGUCAUGCAGGAGAGGCAGGAGCCCCAGGGAGAGAUGGAUGGCGUGGAGUGAAGGGAGAGAAAGGAGAGCCAGCUGUGAUGGUGGAUGGUCCGGUGGACACAAACGUUCUGCUGAGACUGAAGGGGGAUGCUGGGAGUCGGGGCAUGCCAGGGGUCAUGGGUCCUAAAGGUUACCAUGGAGGUUUGGGAGCAGCAGGUGUCCCUGGUAAUCCUGGUCACCCUGGCCCAGCAGGGAGGAACAUCGGUAAGGGACAACACUCCUUCCAGCAUGGUGCCCAGUCAGCCUUCUCAGUGAUCAGGACCGCGAGGGAUUAUCCUCCCUACCAGGUAUUAACCUUCCAGCAAACUGUGGUCAACACACCUUCAGUCUUGCCACACUUUGACCCAAACACGGGCUAUUUCACCUGCAGCAUACCUGGUGUUUAUUACUUCACCUUCCACUCUGUUGCCAAGGUCAGCAUGUGUCUGCGUAUAGCCAGUGAUGCUUUGAAUGAAAAGCUGGGAUUCUGUGAUUACAACAGGAACUAUGAUCAGGUGCUGUCAGGUGGUGUCGUCUUGAAGCUGGCAGCUAGACAGAAAGUUUGGCUGGAAUCCUUUAAAGACCAGCAGACAGAUACAGAUGCACGAGACACCCGGGAAAAACAGAUCAUCUUCAACGGCUUCCUGCUCUUCACAGAUUCACAAUAAAGUUCAGUUAUUCACAGAGUCAGCACAGAAAACAUGAGACUGCACCACUUUGACAAGUUAGCAGUAGCACUAUGCUGGUUUGCAAGUCAGUUGCGGGUAAUUUUGGAUUGGUUCAUCUGGUUUGAUUCCUUUAUAAUGGCUUCUGGACACACACUGAAUGCUGAUUGUCUAAUAAAAUAAAAUUAAAAUGUA